ACAAUAUAACAGUGUUAUUUGAUAGCUAACAUUUUGCUAAAAUAUUAAUACAUUUCUAACAAAUGUAGAAUGUCUUUGCUUGUUCUUAAGUCACAAAUUGAAAUAACUGAAGGGAUCUAGAGCUAUUAAGGUUGGGUGUUGCCUUUAUUCCUUGUUAUUUAUUAUUGUAAUAUUUAUUUGUUUAUCCAGAUGCCUUUGUAUGAAAUGUAGGUGUUGUAAAAAAAAUGCUAAGUUUUAGUAUUCCUUGAAAGAGUCUGAAUCUGAAAAUUAUUGUCUUCUUGAAUAUGGAAGAGAGUAAAUGUGCAUGACAAUCUUUCAAAGCUUAUUAAAAUUGUCUCUUUGUCUUUGCAGCAGUCUACUGAUUAAAGUAUGUUAUUGUUUCAGGGUGUGGUGCUAACUCAUGGCAACUUAACUGCUCAGAUAGAAGCUAUGAUAUACAGCUGGGGAUGGACAAGAAAUGAUGUUAUUUUACACACAUUACCACUACAUCAUGUUCAUGGCAUUGUUAAUGUACUUAUGACGCCAUUCCAUUGUGGUGCUACUUGUGUGAUGCUUACGAAAUUUGACCCACAAACGGUGUGGUCUCGGCUGCUGAACCCUGUUGGAGCCAAUGAUGGUCUAAGAAUUAAUUUAUUCAUGGCUGUACCUACUAUUUAUGCCAAGCUGAUUGAAAACUAUGAAUCAAAUAUGCGAAAUAACCAGGAAAAUAUGUACAUGGGAAAAUAUGUCAAAAACACCUGUCAGAAUCGUAUCAGGCUCAUGGUCAGUGGCUCAGCAUCAUUACCACAGCCGAUCAUGGAGCGGUGGGAAGAAAUCACUGGACAUCGAUUGUUGGAACGAUAUGGCAUGAGUGAAAUCGGGAUGGCUCUGACUAAUCCACUUGAUGGGCCCAGAAUUCCAGGUUCUGUCGGUCAUCCUAUGCCUUGGGUAGAAGUUUGCAUUGCAAAACCAAAUGUGUAUGCAAAAUGGGGUUAUGAUGUAAUUGCUCAGGGAAAUUCUUCAAAAACUGUGGUUUCUCCAGGAAUGGAGUCUGAACAAGGGGAGUUAUAUGUACGAGGACCCAAUGUAUUUAGUGAAUAUUUCCAACGACCUGAUGCAACAAAGAGAGCUUUUACAAAAGAUGGUUGGUUUAAAACAGGUGAUACAGCUAUUUAUGAAAAUGGUGUGUAUUCAAUAAUGGGACGUACUUCUGUGGAUAUUAUUAAGAGUGGAGGUUAUAAAAUAAGUGCUCUUUAUGUUGAGCGACACCUAUUAUCACAUCCACAAAUUACAGACUGUGCUGUGAUAGGACUUCCUGAUAUUACUUGGGGACAGCGUAUUGCUGCUGUCCUUGUUCUUAAAGAUGGUGCGGAUGAAAUGUCACUUGAGAAUUUACAGAGAUGGGCUGAAAAUCUUAUGCCUUACUAUCAAGUCCCUACAGUUGUGCGAUACCUUAAGGCCAUGCCUCGAAAUGCCAUGGGUAAAGUUAACAAAAAGGACAUUUUUGCAACUGUUUUCCCAGAGUUCAACAGGUCUUCAAGGACAAUAAGAUAAAAUAUUUUUCCUCCUUUUCUAUAAAUGGAAAUUAUUAACAAAUGAUUUUUGAAAAGGAAGUGAAACAAAGAUAUAGGUUUGGAAUUAGUAAGUGAUUUUUAUGACUAUUAUUGUAUUACAAAUGUAGAAACUGACCACAACUGGUUUAUUUGAUGUGGCAGUGUAGUUGGUGAUCACUGGUUGGUGUGAUUAGUAAUUUGCUUACUAUAAAAAACAUUGUAAUAGUGAUAUUCCAAUCAUAGAAAUAUGGGGUGUUACAUCAUUCAUCAUCAUUUAACAUCUGUCUUCCAUGCUCUCUAGAGAAAGAUUUGAAUUUAUAAAUAAUGAAAUGAAGUAGAGAAAUUUAUACAAAUGAGAGCAACAACAGUGGUGAAUGUUUUUUUAUUACUUUAAUGAAGUAGAUUAUAGAAUCAUUGCCAGAACCACUAACCAUCUUAGAUGGUGUUAUUGCCUUAAGCUUCUCAUUACCUUAGUGAUUUCUGUUGGAAUACACAGCCUUUGUUUCAAUUAAUUUUCAAAAUAAUGAAGAA